AUUUUUACGGAGCGGACGCCGACGGUCGAUCGAAGCCUGCUUAUUGCACAGCUGCCAGUUUGCGCUUAUAAUUCCGAGAAAGACCAUCGAUCUUAAUGAACGGGGAGGGCUUUCGCCCUGCUUAUAGCGAUUAAUAUGUGAAUCGUGCGCUUAAGGUAUAACGGGAACAGCGAAAGUAAAGGCGUUCGGUCUUGCGUGGCAGAGAAGGGAUGGCCAACUAGCUGCACAUUUUAACUGCAGAGCGGAUAGAGGGAUAAAAGGGGGUGCAGUCGGUGUGACCAUUUUUGCUUUGGUGGAUAUUUGUAUCCGAACCGCUUGGGGAGGGCCCGCUGAAUUGGGGCUCUGCGUUUCCCUUCGCCCGUUUUACAUGCGCCGAAACGCUGCAGGCUGCGAAUUAGGCGUGGGAUUGAUUUCCACGUUUAUUAAUAGGAUAAUUCAUUAAAACGAUUGGAAGAUAUACUAGGUGUUCUGUUUUUGGCCUCUGUUUUUAGUAAGAUUAGCUGGCUUAGCUACGCAUACAUCCUUUUUAAAACAAGAAAUGGAGGCUGAAGAUGCGGAUUACUAUCAGACGACUGGAUUCUCUAACUCGUGCUUUUUGUUAACCUCGCAUACAUUCUUGUAUUUUUGGCAAGAAUAGCAAGACUUUUUGAGUCGACUGCAAAUGACCAUCUUUUUUUCUGAAGGAAACAAAAAAUAAACGCCGAUCGGAGACCAUCCAUUUCUAGACGACUGAAUCCACGCUACGGACAAAAAUAAGAUCUCGUUACGACAAAUCAAUUAUUUGAACUAGGUGUUCAUCCUGCUCCCAUUUACAUCUCUUAAAAGGAAAAAUUGUGAAGAAGACUCCGAAGUUCAGUGUCCUUUUUUUGAGAAAAGACCUCUUGCAUUUUAAGUCGAUGCAUUUAACAGGAAUGUGGUCUGGGACAGAAAGAAAUAAUUUGACCUUGUUGUGGGGUCUGUUAGUCUCUAUCUACACGACCUGCAUGUGGCCAGCAAAUGGAGAAAUUUGUGGUCCAAGCAUCGACAUCGGCAAUGACAUCAGCGAGUUUAAGCGCCUAGAGAACUGCACGGUGGUGGAGGGUUAUCUGCAGAUCCUGCUCAUCGGCGACAAGGGCAGCAACGCCAACCUGGAGGUCUUCCGCAGCCUAAGCUUCCCCAAGCUCACCAUGGUGACCGACUACCUGCUGCUCUUCCGCGUCUCGGGCCUGGACAGCCUGAGCACGCUCUUCCCCAACCUGGCCGUCAUCCGCGGCCGCACCCUCUUCUACAACUACGCCCUGGUUAUCUUCGAGAUGACCAGCCUGAAGGACAUCGGCCUGUACAACCUGAGGAACAUCACGAGGGGAGCCAUCCGCAUCGAGAAGAACCCGGAGCUGUGCUACCUCGACUCGGUGGACUGGUCACUCAUCAUGGACUCCGAUUCGAACAACUUCAUAGCAGGCAAUAAGCAGUCUAAGGAGUGUGCUGACGUCUGCCCCGGCAUCAUGGAGGACAGCCCUCAGUGCAUCAUGACCAGUUUCAGCGACAACUACAACUACCGCUGUUGGACCUCAAACCAUUGCCAGAAAGUGUGUCCUGCCAAAUGCGAGAGGAGAGCGUGCACGGAGUCCGGGGAGUGCUGCCACCCGCAGUGCCUGGGCAGCUGCACGGUGCCCGACAGCGACACGUCCUGCGAUGCCUGCCUGCACUACUUCCACGAGGGCCGCUGCGUGCCCGACUGCCCCGCCGACACCUACAAGUUCGAAGGCUGGCGCUGCAUCACCAUGGAGCUGUGUGCCCGCGUGCACCUGCCCAACGACUUCGACCGCUUCGUCAUCCAUGCCGGCGAGUGCAUGCCCGACUGCCCCACGGGCUUCACGCGCAAUGAGAACCAAAGUAUGUUCUGCAGUGCUUGUGAUGGUCCCUGUGACAAGAUCUGUGAUGGGAAGAUGAUCGACUCUGUGGACGCGGCUCAGUCCCUCAAGGGCUGCACUGUCAUCAAGGGAAACCUCCACAUCAACAUCCGUCGGGGAAAUGACAUCGCGUCGGAGCUGGAGACCUUCAUGGGCCUCAUCCAGAUGGUGACGGGCACCGUCAGGAUCCGACACUCGCACACGCUGAGCUCCCUGUCCUUCCUGAAGAGCUUGCGCCACAUCGCCGGGGAAGAGCUCCUCGAAGGGAUGUAUGCUUUCUCCGCACUGGAUAACCAAAACCUCCAGCACCUCUGGGACUGGAACCAGCACAAUCUGACCAUCAAGACUGGGAAGCUGUUCUUUCGAUUCAACCCGAAACUAUGCAUGUCGGAGAUUCGCAAGAUGUGGGAGAAGAGUGGCAUCACUGGGAGCUUCGAAGAGGGCGACUUUCGGAACAACGGGGACAGGGCCAGCUGUGAGAGUCACAUCAUCAAGUUCAAGUCCAACAGUACCAGCAGUAACAAGAUCAAACUGACCUGGGAACGGUACCGACCUCCAGAUUACAGGGAUCUCAUCAGUUUUAUCAUCUAUUACAAGGAAGCACCCUUCCAGAACAUCACCGAAUUCGAUGGUCAGGAUGGCUGUGGGUCCAACAGCUGGAACAUGGUGGACGUGGAACUUCCAAAGGAAAAGGACGUGGACCCUGGGGUGCUUCUCAGUCCGCUGAAACCCUGGACUCAGUACGCCAUCUUCGUAAAGGCCAUCACCUUAGUUGUCGAUUACAAGCACAUCUUCGGAGCCAAAAGUGAGGUGAUCUACAUUUGGACAAAGCCCUCAGAGCCAUCGAUGCCGCUGGAUAUCCGCUCGUACUCAAACUCCUCCACGAAGCUGCUGGUGAAGUGGUCUCCUCCAAUCUCUCCCAACGGGAACCACACCUACUACCUCCUCCGCUGGCAACGGCAGCCUGAAGACAGAGAGCUUUACAUGCACAACUACUGCUCCAAAGAGUUGAAGAUCCCCAUUAGGAUCUCAGCCACAGGAGCUGUAGAUGCAGAAGAUGAGAACAAGCUUCCCAAGACGGACGCCGGCGCCGGGGACAAAGAGCCGUGCUGUCAGUGCCCCAAGACCAGCGAUGACCUGAGGGUGGAGGCGGAGGAUGCUUCUUACCGCAAAGUCUUUGAGAACUUUCUUCACAACUCGAUCUUCACUCCUAGGCCCCCAGACCGCCGUCGCCGGGAUGUCUUCGGUGUGGCCAACUCCACCCUGAUGUACAGCGUGAGCGGGAACGCCACCGAGCUGGAAGGCAACGCCACAGACGGGGUCCCGCACCCCAUAGAGUACCAGUUUGAGGAGACCACAGUGAGCAGCAGGGAGUCGUGGGAGAUCUCCGGCCUGGAGGCCUUCACUGUGUAUCGCAUCGACAUCCACGCCUGCAACCGCGAGGUGAAGCACUGCAGCGCGGCCGCCUUCGUCUUCGCCAGGACCAAGCCAGCAGACAAGGCGGACGACAUACCAGCACCCGUGACGUGGCAGGGGGGUGAGCAUGAAGGCGACACCGUGUUCCUGAAGUGGGCGGAACCCAAAAGACCCAACGGGCUGAUUUUGAUGUACGAGAUCAAGUUCCGUCUGGGCGGCGAGGCAGAGAAGCACGAGUGUGUCUCCCGGCAGCACUACCGGGAGCAUGGGGGAGCCCGACUAAGUCACCUGAGCCCAGGGAAUUACUCCGCCCGCAUCCGAGCCACCUCGCUUAUGGGCAACGGCUCCUGGACCGUGCCCGUGGCCUUCUAUGUGUUACAGUCCAAACCGUUGUACGACAACCUCUUCUAUCUCCCAAUCAUCAUCCCCAUCAUCGUUUCGUUCAUCGUCAUCAUCGGAAUAACAGCGCUCAUAGUGGUCAACAAGAAGAGGAAUAGUGACCGCCUGGGGAAUGGGGUUCUGUACGCCUCUGUCAAUCCUGAGUACUUAAGUGCUGCUGAAAUGUACGUGCCAGACGAGUGGGAGGUGGCGCGCGAGAAGAUCACUCUGUGCCGAGAGCUAGGCCAGGGCUCCUUUGGCAUGGUGUACGAGGGCGUGGCCAAGGGCGUGGUCAAGGGUGAGGCCGAGACGCGCGUGGCCGUCAAGACGGUCAACGAGUCAGCCAGCAUGCGCGAGCGCAUCGAGUUCCUCAACGAGGCGUCCGUCAUGAAGGAGUUCAACUGCCACCACGUGGUACGCCUCCUGGGUGUGGUCUCUCAGGGACAACCUACAUUGGUGAUUAUGGAGCUGAUGACCCGUGGAGACCUGAAAAGCCACCUGCGGUCCCUCCGAUCCAAAGAGAAUUCCUGCAGCGAUACCCUACCCCCCCUGAAGAAGAUGAUCCAGAUGGCGGGGGAGAUCGCGGACGGCAUGGCCUACCUCAACGCCAACAAGUUCGUCCACAGAGACCUGGCUGCCCGGAACUGCAUGGUGGCCGAGGAUUUCACUGUGAAGAUCGGAGAUUUCGGAAUGACGAGGGACAUUUAUGAGACGGAUUACUACCGCAAAGGGGGCAAAGGACUUCUGCCAGUGCGCUGGAUGUCCCCGGAGUCCCUCAAAGACGGCGUGUUCACCACCAACUCUGAUGUGUGGUCAUUCGGGGUGGUGCUGUGGGAGAUCGCCACCCUGGCCGAGCAGCCGUACCAGGGCAUGUCCAACGAGCAGGUGCUGCGCUUCGUCAUGGACGGGGGCCUGCUGGACAAGCCAGACAACUGCCCCGACAUGCUGUUCGAGUUGAUGCGCAUGUGCUGGCAGUACCACCCGAAGGCGAGACCUUCCUUCCUGGAGAUAAUCAACGGCAUCCAGGACGAGCUGGAGCCGCCCUUCAAGGAAGUCAGCUUCUACUACAGUGAGGAGAACAAGCCCCCAGACACAGAGGAACUCGACAUCGAGGCGGAGAACAUGGAGAACGUGCCGCUGGAUCCAGCGUCCAGUCGACGGCACGUGGUGGCAGCCGGCCAAGGGCCCCCGGAUUCCGGGCCAGGCGCCGCGUCUCGCUCUCCAGGACCUGCCCGCUCAGCCGGCCUGGCUUCGGACUCGCACUCGGGACACGCGGUGGCCAACGGGCCUGUGGUGGUCCUGAGACCCGCUUACGACGAGAAGCAGCCCUACGCGCACAUGAACGGGGGGCGCAAGAACGAACGGUCUCUUCCGCUCCCGCAGUCCUCCGCCUGCUGACCCGGGCCCCUAACGCCCCUCCCCGUGCCUGUCCUCUGACCUUGGAAAUGCAGAAACCAACCCUGCCCCCCCCCCACACACACACACACACACACACCUAUUUCCAUAGUCACUUGUCUUCCCUUAACUAUGGAGAACUAUGGGGAGAUGGACCUUCUAAUUAAAAAUGAGACGAGUCGGUUCAGACAGUCAGUACUCUGCUGUACCUCAGUGGAUUGUUUUCAUGUUUUAUUAUACUAUUAUUAUUAUUACUGUUAUUGUUGAUAAUGAGAGAAUUGAUAAAGAUAAAUCUGCUGUCACUGCAGAAGGGGAGAUGGGCAUGCUGGGAGCCCCCACCCUCCCCCUCCCCCGUCUGCGGGGCCCUUUUGUACAAUGUCUGUCACUUUUUAAAAAUUCCACUCAGAUUAAAGCAGUCGGACCCAAUAGGCUGCCUUUCGGAGGGGUGACGUGGACAGUCUAUAAAAUGGACUGUUUAGCACAAUGUUUCCCAAUCCAGUCCUUGGAGACCCACAGACGGUCCGUGAUUUUUGCCCCCCGGCAGCCCCAGCCUGUCUGGUAGGGAGUUUGGAAGGAGCAAAAAAAACACGGAAUGCCAGGGUGUCCGAGGACUGGAUUGGGAAACACUGGUUUAGCAUAUCUGCCAGGCGAUCCGACAGAAAAGCACUUUCUUUGUGGGUUUAGGGAGGUGUGUGUGUGUCUGUGUGUGUCUAUGUCUUUUUCCUCCAUAGGAGAAUCUGUCUGCUGUCUUUCUCCAGACUCGUCUGGAGGGACUUUCAUUGUUGAAGAUUGUGUGGUUGGAGGGGUAAUGCCUCCCCCCCCCCCCCUUGGUUCAGUGGUGUGCACGGGAAGGGAGACCCCCACAAUCUGCCAAAAUUCUGCCAAAACUCACUCUGUCUACUGUUUUGUGACACUGGUUACUGGUUUUCUGCAUUUGUUUUGCCCACCCCUCCUCCAUUCUGUGUUUCCAAGUUUGUUUGGGCUCCAAAUCACUUUUGUGUACAAAUGCGACCGACUUAGGUUUCACCCGGGUGAUAAUCAGGCGACUGUCUCUUGCAGCCGUGAUUUAAACGAAAAAAAUUUGCCAUGAGUAACAACGGGAGCGACGCGGAGUGCUGUUCGAGGACCAAAAAGGGCUCGGCGUGAGGGGAAUGAAGAAGCGAACCAAGACGGACGAGAGUAACUGCAAAACGAAAGCAUAUGAACAAAAGCCUACAGAUGACUGGUCAAAAACAAACGUCUUUUGAUAACUGUUUGUUUGGGCUUGUCUGCCUGGCCGGGUCUCUGUACAAUCCAGACAUGUACGGUCUUAGAAUUGUUCGUUAGGUUUGUGCAGUUUGUUUCUCCUUUUCUAACUUUUUAUCGGGUUACUCUUUUGUCUGUCUCAAAAAAAAAAAACGCUGCUAGACCUUUUCCCUCAUCAGGAGUCUUCACACACUCGUGAGCACGCAGACACGCACACACACGCACACACACACUCAUCCACAUUUUACAGGUUUAGUCUCUGUUUCCACCAAGUGUGUAUCAUACUUCAGCAAAAAAAUUCAGAUUUCCUUCACUAAAAGUGUAUUUCCGCAGCGUCCGACGUCCGAUUUUUACAGAUAACUGCAGUGGAUCAUAGACGAGUGUUUUCCCGCCCUGUAUGCCUUGGCUCCCUGCGUAUGUGCAUAUACCCCUAUAUGUGACUCCACAGCGCCUCCCGCUGGCCCUUUGGCGGUACUCCAGUCUCAGGUCAGAGUAGGGCUUCGGACCCCCUGCCCCCUUAGUUUCGGCCCUUUGCAUCCAACCGUGACCCCCCCCCCCCCCCCCCCCCCCCCAAAACGUCUCAAUAAAACCACACACUGUAGCAGUAUGUCACAGUGCCUUCUAGCACUGCAUUUUGCAAUCAGGAUUAAUUACGGAAAUUCAUUUUCACUACUGGUAAAUCAAUCCCUCUUCAUUUGUUUUAUAUUCGGUUUUCGUUCAGGGCUAAUUUUGACACACAGAUCUGCCUUUUUCAAGCGACUCUUGCAUUUUCCUCUUCCAAAGAUAGACUCCGAUCUGCUUCACCAACACACUUCUGCUUUCUGCAGUUCUUGGAGUGAUGGGAAAAGUCACCAUACAAAGCAGUUCCAGUUGGGUCGGCAGCCUCUUCGCCCAGUACAUUUUAUGGCGUUAGCUUCGAACGGUUACCGGCCCACAUCAACGCUCAACAGACGCAUUGAACAAGAAGAUGGGAUAAAAGUGAACUGCAGUCAUGCAGUUGGACUGUGGGUUUUGGUUAAUGCGCUUCCUUCGUUGUACCUUUUUGUCAAAUUUGAAGUUGGCCUUUCUUUUGGUUCCCUGAAGUCUUGCCUUGUAUAAUCGAUUAUUUUUGGUGGCUUCAUCACUUGGUUGGGGGUCGUCUUUUUAUUUUUUCUUUCCUUAUAACAUUAAUCUACCUCACUCUUCUAUGUAUGCAUGUAUGUAUGUUUGUGAAAAAAGAUGCAUCUCACUUCUGUUAUCAGCCUGAUGCGAACAAUUUAUUAUCCAAACCUGGGUAAAAUUUGUUUCACAAACCACACACUUUACAGACUUGGGAGAUGCUCGGCGCUGUCUUCAAGCAACUCUACAUGGACAAGUUUGAAUGUUGAUACGUCGGUGUACCAGUGUGUGUGAAAGGUUAGGAGGACAGUCUGGUCCAGGACGUAAGCGUUUUGCUCACUGGUCGGCCGUUGGGUGUCAAGCAUUAUUCUCAGAGUUGUGCAAUGUCCGCGCAAGACAGCCUCCUCCCUUUGGUGCACAUAUCAGUCUCCACAACCAUAGGUCCUCUGAUCUUUGCUGGCUAUAACCAUUUUGGUAUAACUGUACUUUCUCCUGUUGCUGUUUUCAAAUGAGUUCAACGGACAUCUGACAAAAUGGGCUGAUAAGUCUGACUGAGUGAUCGUGUGUUUCAGUGCUGCUGUGAUGUUUGGUGCAUAGAAGGCUGAGGGUUUGGUCUUUGUAAGGCAUAAGGUUCAGGAAACGAAACCGUGACGGAGAUGGAUAAAUAGCCUUACCUGCUUCAAAAUGCAGAUUUUAUUUUUUUUUUUUAAGGAAGUCAUUUGGCAAACAAAGGGUUCCGCCCCAGAGCUGAAGCUGUAAUCAUCAGGGAGGUGUUUGUGCUGCAUGUCCGGGCUGUUGGCCUGUCCUGAAGGCUGGACAUUGGGCAGUUUGGAAGACAAAGUUUUAAGGUUUCUGGCACCAGAAAGGUUUGCAGUCCUGUAGGAGUGAUGAAGGACAGCGACAGUGUGUCAUCUUCAGCCCGCUGCUGGCUUGGGUCAGCGUAUCUUCUGUCGCUUUCUGCCAUGUCACCAACAGCAUGGCAUCGGCCUUCUACCGACUCGCUGGCCAGUAAACAUGCAAACAGCUGUGCAAAGCAUGCGGCUCCACCGCAGCCAAUGGGAACUCCUGUCACACCCUGCGCAGGUCCCCUUGAUGCUCCGCCACAACCUACGGCCGUCAGCCUUGGUCGCCUUGCUUCCUAGUUCAGGCAGCUGACCUUCCUCCUCUUUCGCUGGAGAUGCUGGGAUGGCAUGUAGUGUUGCUACGUUUCAAACCAUUCCAGCUGCUGGUUAACUUUUCCCAGCGGAGUUGUUAUGCGUCGGCUCUGGGCUACGGGCCUCAACCAUGAGGAAGGCUGGGCUCGGCACAGACGCUGCCCGAUAGCGCCACCUUCUGUUCUGCUGCUGAUUACGUUGCUGCUUUAAUAGGUACUUCGAUACAAUGGCCGGUGCGUGGCCUCUGUAUCAUUCAAUGCAGGGGUGGUUUUAGUUGCUGUUGAUGUGUCGGAAUGGCCGAAUACCCCAGACUGGAACCUGUAGAACACAGCUGCUUAGGAUGAGGUUAAGAUGGAGGUGCGUGGCAAAGGGAUGCUGGAGCAGUGUGUAAGCGCUAAAGGUUCAAAAUGUGGGCUUGCAAAGGUUUGUUAGACAGGCGAAUAGAUGAUGUGGUCCAAGGCGGACAAAUACCUGUUCGCUCACACUAAUUGUUCUUCACAAACGAGCUCCAGCGAUUGUCUGAGGGCAGCAUUGGAAAGAGGGCUAAUGCUGGAGAGGUGUGUGUGUGCGUGUGUGUUCCACCUUCCUCCCAAGGCUUUGUGCUUGUGUUGUGUGUACGUAUGGGUGUGUCACGUUGGCUGUUAUUGUCGAAUAUGUCUUUAAUUAAAAAAAGAAGAUAUCAGUGCUAUUUAUUUUUAUUUCUUUUGUUUGGUUCAUUUACAAUGACACAAAGGACAUAAGGGUAGGUCUGUUGUGAAGUGAAUGUCAGUUUACAUUGAACGCUGCCAGAGAUCAUUCGUUUGACAAAUUUAGUAAAUAUAAAAUCAAAAGCUUAAAAAAAAAAAUGGUAAAACUCAUGCAUACACACCAACACAAAGGACAGCAAUGUCUAGUAGAUUACGGGUAGUCACAUGACAGAAGAAAAUGGUCAUGAAAUUUAAAAAGUUUACAAAGCAUUUUUGGAAUUUUUUAGGUUUAACGUAGUAGUAGUGCCAGUACUUUGUAAUAUUCAAAGUGGAUUGAAUCAGUUUAUCAUUGUUCCCAUCUAGUCUGAUUUUCUUUAUAACAUGGUAUAUGCAAACCUCAGGUUUAGGGAAGUAUAAUGCAUAAAAUUGCAAUAAUGACCUUGAGGUUGAUAGAUUUAUUUUCCAGGCAAUGUUUUCUCUCCUGCUUGGCAUUCCUCUAUGCUUUAAAAAGGGGCUUUGACCUACUGAGACCUUUUUCUUUCAUUUCAAUGUUUCCCUUCUCCUGUACAAAUACUUUGGCUUUGUUACCAUUAAAUUCAAAUUAUUGUUUUCA